GUGCUGUGGCGCUCUGCUCAGUGUUAGCUUGCGCAAUGCAACGGGAGAUAAAAUACUCAUAAAAUGUUAUAUCUGUGUUUAAUUUCCUACCCACAGCCAUGCAGGAAGACUCUGACGUAGUUCCACGGGACCGCAGCCGUUUUUCAAGAUGAGAAUUCACUGCAAGAUUGUAGCGAUCAUUGUCUGUUUUGCAGUUUUGCUACUUUUGUAUCAUUUUGUAAGGAAUGCUGCAGAUGAGCCGCCUUUGAAACAAGUUGCAAAGGGAAACUAUUUGCAAACUUCCUCUGGUUUGGGAAACAUUGUUUCUGUUGAGUUAGCUCAAAAACCUCGUCCGGUGGCUCUGGUUUCACAAAAACAGCCACGUCCGAACAGAAAAUCAAGUAAACUACCAAAGAGAAGAGUGCGUAAUCGUGCAAACCCAAGGGGACCCAAUGAACCAAAGCCUCCCCGCAAGCCAGUUUCUGAGGAAUGGAUGCACCUGGCCGUGGUGGCCUGUGGGGAUCGUGUGGACGAGACACUGACCAUGCUGAAAUCUGCUGUUCUCUUCAGCAUCAAGAAGAUCAAAUUUCACAUCUUUGCUGAGGAUUCCCUAAAGCCACAGUUUGAAAAGGGGCUGAACAAGUGGCCUCAUCCAUUUACGUUAAAGUUUCAGUACAGCAUCUACUCAAUCACGUUUUCAGUGGGGAAUGCCCAGGAAUGGAAAAAAUUAUUCAAACCUUGUGCAGCACAACGGCUCUUUCUUCCGGUGAUCCUGAAGGAGGUGGACUCUCUGCUGUAUGUGGACACUGACAUUCUUUUCCUGAGACCAAUGGACGACAUCUGGAGCUUUCUCAAAGAGUUCAAUACAACUCAGCUAGCAGCAAUGGCACCCGAACAUGAAAUACCGAAGAUUGGUUGGUAUAGUCGAUUCGCACGUCAUCCUUUUUAUGGAAAGACUGGUGUGAAUUCGGGGGUGAUGCUGAUGAAUCUCACUCGGAUAAGAAACACUCUGUUUAAGAAUAGCAUGAUCCCAAGUGGGCUGGCCUGGGAGGAUCUCCUGCACCCUCUGUAUCAAAAGUACAAGAAUCAUAUCACCUGGGGAGACCAAGACUUGUUGAAUAUCAUAUUCCAUUAUAAUCCAGUGCCUUUAUGGUCCCCUGUCAUCUCAUUCCCCUGUCAGUGGAACUACAGACCGGACCACUGUAUGUACGGCAGUAACUGUGCUGGAGCAGAGGAGGAAGGAGUGUCCAUUCUCCAUGGAAACCGCGGGGUUUACCAUGACGACAAACAGCCAGCCUUCAAAGCUGUGUAUCAGGCAAUACAUGAUUAUCCUUUUGAAGGUAACUUGUUCCAGCUGAUGUUCUCUCCUCUCCAAACAAAGUUUCUGGAAACUGUGAAUACGUUGUGUGGUCGUAUUCCACAGGUGUUUCUGAAACAAGUUGAGAAGACAAUGAGGAAAGUGUAUGAGAGACGUGUAAUUGUCCACCUGAAACACCGUCAGAACUGAAGGGACAUUCCAGACUUUUCUACAGACUGCAAGCAAAUGCAAAGGCAAGUUGUUUUUAAAGCCUGCAAACAAAGACGACUGCUUAAGCUCAGAAUGGAAGCACUUAGUCCUCUCUCUCCCAGAGAGGAACUCAAAUGGAGUGCAAUAUGAAGAAGCCGAAAAACUGAUUUUGUCAGCCCUUUAGCACAAAAUCAGUAUCUUUUUAUUUUUUUCCCCUGAUACCGCGUAAAGUUGUAUGUGAGUCGUACAACAAAUUAAUUUUAUUUUCAGAGAGAUGUUCCAAGGCAAGGAAAUAUAAGCAAUCGGCAUUUUGUAGACCUGAAAAGGUAUUUAAAAUCAGUCCAUCUUAAUAGCACUGGGAAAGCUACUGUACAGGCCUUAAGAGCUUUACCACAGGUGUACAGGGAAUGGUGUAAGCUACAUAGUUCAUAUGACUGACAAACAAGUAUUUUAUUAAAUACAUACAUUGAUUAUUCUUUGCAGUUGAGCUAAACUGCCAGAUUUGGUAAUAGAGCACAAUAGUGUAACUGUAGAGUGUAAACAGCCGACAUCUGUUAAUAACAGGUUAACUGUCUCUACUGUACACGUAAGAAUUCAUCUCCUUACAUAAUCUUUAAAAAUUGCAACUUUUUGUAUUCCAUUGCUGGUAAAAAUGACAGAACUUGCUUUGGCAAACAGUGCACUUUGCUGGUGCAUGUAUUUCAUGAAAGUAACAAGGAAUACCUCAGGAAAUUGUGUAUGGAAUUUGUUGUACCGUAAUUGUAAUUUAAAUAGUGAAGCUGCCACCUGUUCUCAAGACACCCAAAAAAAACCCCAAAAAACACACAUACAAGAAGCUCAUCAUAUAUAAUUUUAGCAUUAGAAGUUUAGAUCUGCUUUAACUGGUGCUAAUUUUUAAGUGACAGAGUAGAUGCAUAUUUCAUAACUUAUGCAUAUGGUGCCAUUACUAGAGUAUACCAUCUUUUUUAGGGUGAGGGGUAAAAAUGGCAACAUUCUGUAGCUACUUUAAAACUAGCUGUGUGCAAUUUAAAAAUGUUUAGGAAUUGUUAUUUUCCAAAUUACUUUGUUCAGAAAAUCACACUUAACAUACUGGUAGCUAUUGUGUUCAAAUAGCUCACUUUUAGUCUUUGCCAAAUGUUUGCAGACUGCCAUUUAAUGAAGAAAUGUGCAGAAUAAUGUAAAAUAUUCUGUUUAGGCAGGCAUACAUGGUCAGAUCCAGUGGAAAAGCCAUAGUUAAUAAUAAUAAUAAUAAUAAUAAUAAUAAUAAAAUAACACCUUGUUUCCCACUACUCUUGUGGCAUUUUCACUCUCUCAAAACCAUGCCACAUUGUUUCCACAACAUCUUUUUAUAUUACGUGCUGUGGUAGUAUUGUGCAUUGCCAGCCUGAUACGAUCACAGUGGAGUGAGAGCACAAGGCCAUCACAGUGUUGUGGAAACAAAGACAUUUCAAACAAGGCCCCAGUAUUCCACCUGAAACUUUGUUUAAUGCGGACUUUUAAAAGUGUUUUAGCUAGAACUAGGGUUAAGCUGCUUUGGCAAAAAUUUCUUAACAAAAAGCUUCCCUGAUUUGAAAUGGAUAUUUUAGUAACUCUGGAUAUUGUAGUAAAUAUUAUGUGAUAUUUGUUUACAUGGACUUAGGAGUGCUCUUAUUUGUUGUUGAUAUACAUCCACAAUUGAUGGUUUUAAGAAGGAUCGCUGUCCUGGACAGACUGAAAUACUUGUAUUUAGGCUCGCUACUUUUUAAUUUUAAAAUCGGUAAAGCUCUUUGAAUUCCCCAUAAAAUCAGAGUUCAAUCAAAAUAAAUUUACAUAGGAUAAACACUGGUAAAACAACUCUUGUGUUUAUUACAAAAAAAUAAUAAUUUUGAAAUUAUUUUUAGUUUUUUUUAUCCCAUAGGUGAACAGCCACUUUAGACAAGUUACAAGAGACUGAAUUCUCUUUUAUUACAUUUUCUUGAUCAAUUCAGGCAAAACUUUCAGACCAGAUUAUAGGUUGAUCCAAUUAACCACCAAUUUAGAUUUCACUGUGCUCUAAUAUUCAUUUUGCUGGUUUUCUCAGCAAGAGUGCUUUCAUAAAGCAUUUACCACAAGCAUUUACUCGUGAAACUUGCACAAAAGGACCUCAAAGCCUGAAAGAAAUCAAAUCACUUGGUAUUUGAAAACCACUACGACUGACACCAGUAUAUCUAUGUUCAAAUUAUGCAUACUAAGCAGCUGGAACCUUUUUUUAUUGCUACUUUGUUCAAGCAUCAUUAAACAUUUUUGUCAAAUGGUCUGUGGGUCCUGACAAAGACAUUUCUGCUAUACAAUUAGUGGCAGCAGCAUUGCAGCCUGCUUUGCUUUCAGUUACAGUUGCUUUCCUGACUGUGUCAUACAACUUUAAACCGGAUUCAUACAUUAGUUCAUCUCUGAUCUUAAACAAUUUUAGGACAUCAGUGAUCACAAUUACUGUUAGGUGUUACGAAUAGGGAUAUAGGGGUAUGCCUACUUCAAGCACUUUGCAUAUUAGUAAGACGCUAAUAACACCUACAUUCUUAUUCCUGAAUUGUUUCUUUAAUGCUGGUCUACAAUGUGUUAGCAAAAUGUUAAUUUCUUACUGUAUUACUUAAUAUUAUGAUUUAUUUCCAGUGAACGUCGCAUAUGUUUUUUUUGUUUUUUUUAAAAGCUUUUUACAGGAUUACCUUAAACACCAAUGUUGAAAAUAUAAUCUCUAUGAGAUUCCUGUAAAAUGUGUAACUGAACAGAAGAAAGACUGAUUCCCUUUUUCUGCCACUUAUGCUCCAAAGCUGUAACAGAGUUUGAAGAUGUUGCUUUUUGUGGUAAGUUGUCCCCACAGCUAAAGCUACAUUAGUAGAAUGUAAACAAACUGGACUGUCAGCAGUUUGGCUUUCUGGUAGGUGCUGGGCAUAAUAAAAUACAGGAUUCAGGGGGACUUAGAACACAUCUCGGAGUAUCACUUAAUGUUUGGAGCAGUGUUAGGAAGAAUUUAGUAAUAUUUGAAAGAAUAUGAACAUCUCUAAUGGACAUCAAAAUAUUCCAAGUUGUAGUUUUUGUGUAUUUAAAAAAAAACAAAAACAAAAAACACUUUAAUUUAAAGUAAAUCUAUAUUAAGUGUAUGAAAUAGCCUGAAGCACAUAGUGUUAAUGUUGAAUAACUAAUACUAUGUAGUUCACUUGUUCUGCUGCCUAAAAGUAUAUUUAUUUUGCCGUAAGCUAUUGUGUUAUGAUUUUUGAUAUCUGCAUACAUUCUCAUAAUGUUGUGAUUUAAAUGCAGUAUUGCUUGUCGUGAGUUCUAACUGGAAAUGUACACAAUCUCACAAAGGCAACAUUCUUGUGUAUUUUGUACUUUUUUAUUAUUAUUUUUUUUUAAUGUGAAACGUGCACAAAACAUUUACAUCUCCAAAGGAGAACAAACUUAAGCUUAUUGUCAGUUUUACUUUUGUUAAAACAUUUUUUUUUUCU